GCUAACCAGAAGCUAACGUGAUGCUAACGCACUAGCGGCUCUGUGUUGCAGUGUGUGUGUGUGUGUGUGUGUGUGUAAGAGAGAGAUGGAGAACACGGCGGAUCCUGAGCCGGAGCCCAUCCGCCUCAAGUCUCUGAAAACCGGCCGGAGCUUCACUGUUCCACACACCGAGCGGUUGGGAAACUGCAGGAGUGUGAAAGAGUUUGAGAAGCUGAACCGCAUUGGAGAGGGAACAUACGGCAUCGUGUACCGAGCCCGUGACACACACACACAUGAGAUCGUGGCCCUUAAGAAGGUGCGCAUGGAUAAAGAAAAGGAUGGAAUCCCUAUCAGCAGUCUAAGAGAGAUCACGUUGCUCCUCAGACUCAGACACCCAAACAUAGUGGAGCUGAAGGAGGUGGUGGUGGGGAGCCAGCUGGAGAGUCUGUUUCUGGUGAUGAGUUACUGUGAGCAGGAUUUGGCCAGCCUCCUGGAGAACAUGCAGUCUCCCUUCUCAGAAGCACAGGUGAAGUGUAUCGUUCUGCAGCUGCUCAGGGGUCUGGUGUAUCUUCACCAAAACUUCAUACUGCACAGGGACCUGAAGGUGUCUAAUCUGCUGAUGACGGAUAAAGGCUGUGUGAAGAUCGCGGAUUUUGGCCUGGCGCGUGUGUAUGGCGUCCCGCAGCAGCCCAUGACCCCUAAAGUAGUGACACUGUGGUACAGAGCACCUGAGCUCCUGCUGGGAACCAAGAAUCAGAGCACCGCACUGGACAUGUGGGCAGUAGGGUGUAUCUUGGCUGAACUCCUGGCCCAUAAGCCCCUGUUGCCCGGCAGCUCAGAGAUCCAACAGCUGGAUCUGAUCGUGCAGCUAUUGGGAACGCCGAACGAGAACAUCUGGCCGGGUUUCUUGCGGCUCCCCCUGGUGGGUCAGUACAGUUUGAGGAAACAGCCAUACAACAACCUGAAGAACAAAUUCACCUGGCUGUCAGAGGCUGGACUCCGCCUCCUUAACCUGCUCUUCAUGUACAACCCCCAACGCAGGGCCUCAGCAAAGGACUGUUUGGAGAGCUCAUACUUCAAAGAGAAACCACUGCCGUGCGAGCCGGAGCUCAUGCCCACUUUCCCUCACCAUCGGAACAAAAGGGCGGGACCUGUAGUCGAGAGCCAAUCAAAACGGACCAAGGCGGGCCCCUCCCUCGCAUCCUGACCCUUGACACCCAAUCAGAAAAGAGUUGUAGCCCUGGAGCCAAGAGCCAAUCAGAAUGAAGCACCUCCUCAGCCAAUUAGAAGGAAGUGAUAUAGGGAAGUGUGGUACUAGGUCCUCGAGAUUAGAUCUUCACAGCACACCUGAGACAGGUUGUACAUGACUGCUCAGGUGUGUGUGUGUGUUCCUGAGGAGGAGAUCAGGAUUCUGGUGUGUGUGUAUGUGU